AUGACUCUCUUAAGGGGCCCGCAGCAGCAGCAGCAGCAGCAGCAGAUGCUGCUGCAGCAGGAGGAGGACACUAUCCUUAUAACCCCAGAAGAAAUAGAAGAAGAAGACAGUGACACAGAAGAAUACGGGCUGCUGCUGCACCAGCAGCAGCAGCAGCAGCAGCAAGAGCAGCAGCAGCAGCUACAAGAAAUGGCAAUAGGCCGGCGACGCCGGCGUCACAUUAUCAGCAGCAGCAGCAGCAGCGACGAACAGGAACCACCACCACCACCAGCAGCAGCAGCAGCAGCAGAUGGAACAGCAGCAGAUGGAGCAGCAGCAGCAGCAGCAGCAGCAGCAGCAGCAGGACGCGAGAGUUAUAAGGAGUGGGCAGAAAGAGUAGAGAAAGAAAAUGAAGAAUUAAUGAGUAGAUGGAGAUCUAAAUCUAAACAAAGAAAAGAAGCAUAUGCACAGCAGCAGCGGCUGCAGCGUGCUGCAGCAGUAGCAGCAGAGCAGCAGCGACGAGCAGCACUAAAGGAGCCGCUGCUGACACCUGAGGAAAUAAGACUACUUCUUGAUGGACAGGAGGAGCUGCAGCAGCAAAAUGUUUUGCUGUAG